AUGUUGUUAUCUUUGGUGUGCAUAACUGAUGCCCGAGGAGGAGGAGGAGGAGGUUGGCAGCCAGUGUUUUUUGAUGUAACCCAGUUUGGUGCUGUGGCAGAUGGCAAGACUGACAACUCCAUGGUAUCUAAUCUAUCUAUUUCUAUGCAGUGUGCAAUACAGUCUCGUGAUAGCAUUUUGGAAAGCAUGGAACGAAGCGUGCCGUUGGAAGGAAAGAGUGAGGAUAUGGAUAGUCCGCGGGGGACUACAUGGGUGAAUUCUGUAAUAUUCAGGGGACCAUGCCAAGGACCAAUGGUGCUUUUGAUUAAUGGGACGCUUAUGGCUCCUUCUGAUCCGAAACUGUUCAUGAGUGACCAUUGGAUUGGGUUCCAAUAUGUCGAUGGAUUGGUAAUAAAAGGAGGUGGAACUUUGGAUGGACAAGGUCUUUCUGCUUGGUCUUACAAUGAUUGCUUCACUAAUUCUCAAUGCAAACCCCUUCCAGUUACAAUGAGGUUCGAUUUUGUGAACAAUGCAAGGAUUCGCCACAUAAGAUCAAUUAACAGCAAGAACUCACACUUCAACAUUUUUGCCUGCAACAAUCUCAACAUGAGCCACAUUAAAAUCUCAGCCCCUGAAUUCAGCCCCAACACAGAUGGUAUCCACAUUGGAAGCUCAAACAACAUCAAGAUCGCCCAUUCCGUCAUUGGCACCGGCGAUGACUGCAUUUCCAUGGUCUCAGGGAGUCAAAACAUCGACAUUUCUGAUGUCUCCUGUGGACCUGGACAUGGCAUUAGUAUUGGUAGCCUUGGAAGGUCCCCGUAUGAAGAACAUGUGACCGGUAUAACCAUCAGAAACUGCACUCUCAACGGUACUCAAAAUGGGGUCCGGAUCAAGACAUGGGCGCCUUCUUGGCCUAGCGUUGCUUCAGAUUUCAAGUUCGAAAAUAUUUUCAUGAGCAAAGUGAACAAUCCCAUCAUCAUCGAUCAACAAUACUGUCCUAGGCCCAACUGUGAUGAAAAUGCUCAAUCUGAAGUUCAGAUCAGCAAUGUGACAUUCAAGAAUAUAUGGGGGAGUUCAAGCUCAAAAGUAGCAGUGACGCUAAAAUGUAGUAGGAUUGUACCUUGUGAGAACAUCACGCUUGUGAAUAUCAAUUUGUCAUAUGAUGGCCCUGGUGGAGGACCUUCAUCUUCUUUUUGUUCUAAUGUCCGAGGUCAAACUAUUGGUACUCAAAACCCACCUGGUUGUCUAUAGUCCUUUUUUGCUUUCAAUUGUUGUUUUCACAACUUAGUUUUGUGAAGGGCCAU